GGCCCUUCCGCCGCGGCAGCCAUUGAAGAGUAGCAGGUUCGUAAAUCCCCACGCGAGUAGCAUCCGUUGCCAUCGGAACCGUUGGGACUCCGGUGCAGCUCGGGGGCCAUGGCUCUGCGCUACCCCAUGGCCGUGGGCCUCAACAAGGGCCACAAGGUGACCAAGAACGUGACCAAGCCGAGGCACAGCCGCCGCCGCGGGCGCCUCACCAAGCACACCAAGUUUGUGCGGGACAUGAUCCGGGAGGUGUGCGGCUUCGCCCCUUAUGAGCGGCGGGCCAUGGAGCUGCUCAAGGUCUCCAAGGACAAGCGGGCCCUCAAGUUCAUCAAGAAAAGGGUGGGGACACACAUCCGCGCCAAGAGGAAGAGAGAGGAGCUGAGCAACGUCCUGGCCGCCAUGAGGAAAGCGGCAGCCAAAAAGGACUGAGCCCCUUCCCCUCUGUGCACAAUAAAACGUUUCCAGAAACUUG